AAAAAAUCAAAAAAAAAUGGGCGACAUGAUUUUCGAUCAGUUGGAAGACUUGGGAAACGAUACCUUCUCAGAGUUUGAACCAGUCGGUUUUAAUACCUCCUCCAUAUCUAUCAAUUGUGGAAGUUCGAAUGGUGCUCCAUCUAGUCCAUACUAUUACGGGUCCGAUUAUAUUAGUAACGGAAGUGUAGAGGCUGAAGAUUCAUCCAUGAUGAUGGCUUUCGAUGGUGCUACUACUAAUAAUAAUGGAAAUUCAGCUAGUGGAUCAAAUUCUCUAUCAUCCAGUUAUAAUAGUAGUGGUAUGAUGAUGCCAUAUCAUACAGCUCCUCCAUCACCUUCAAAUUAUUCUCAUGAUGGAAGUUAUCAAAAUAUGCCUUCCGAAUAUAAUAGCAUGAUGGAUCAUCAUGGUUAUUCUGAUUCUAAUUAUUCAAAUAAUCAAUCAAUGAAUUCAUCUGCUCAUCAUCAUCAAUAUCAACAACACUAUCAACAACAACAACAAAAUUCAUAUAGACACUCUGAUAUUGUAUAUAAUAAUAAUGAAUCAUUUGAGUUUGUAGAGAGAAAGCAAACAUUGCCAUCUAUUAGUGGUCAAUAUCAUCCAUCGACAGUUCCAAUGGGUCAAUUACCACCAAAUGUUUUGGGAGAUUUAUUGGUAAAGAAUGUUUUCAUUCAAGAUCAUACAGGAAAGAAUUUAGAUAGUACUUCUAUCAGUAAUUGCAUUUUGAAAUGUCAAUCUGGGUUUUUUGGUAUGGUUUUUGAAGAUAGCUUUUAUGGACCUUCCAUUUCUCAAUUCUAUCCAAGUGAUAUUGUAACUGUUGUAAGACAAUGUGAUAGAAUUGGUGUUUAUGUUCAAUUUAGAAGAUUUUUAACUUGUAAAAAUGUAGCAAUGGAUGGACUCAAAUCAAGAUUUCCAUCACUUCAAGAUUAUCAAUGGGCCAAUUAUGCUGAUGAACAUACUUGGACAGAUUCUAGAGCUCAAUUCUAUAAGGACAGUCCUUUGAGUACUUGUCUCUAUUUAAUGAUUGAAUUUUACAAUGAUAAUCAAAUUCAAUAUUUAUUCCACUAUUUUGAAAAUUCGAUAAGACUCUUGGAGUGUCUCAAGAUGGUCUAUCCACAAUGGAUGUUUUGCGCUCAUUUCUGUACAUCGAAUGAUGUUCAACUCAUUUGUUUGGCAGUUCAAAAUAAGCAAUUCUCUAAGGAAAUUGACAAUUAUGUUAGUGUGCAGGCAAGUGAAUCGAGUGUACAUGAUCAAACAGUUGAAAGUUCUAUACUUCCUGAUUUGAAUGAAAAGCAGGAACCAAUCUCUUCAAGAACUGGAUUCACAGCCAAGUGGGCUAAGAAGGCCAACUCUAAUGUUCAAGUGGGAGUUCUGACCACCAUGAAGCAAUAUCACUUUAAGAAUAAGAAUACUAAAUCUUCUUCAUCAAGAAAUAGAAGAUCUAUGAUUGACUUUAAGAAGAUUGAACUUGUUGUACCUCCAAACUUUUACAAUAUGGCUCUUGAGGUUAGAAAGUUCUGUGAAGAGCUUCUUGUUGGUGGUAGAAUUUUACCUUAUCAAUUGAGUGUUGGAUUGUGUAGUACACUUGCCAUUGCCCAAACCGAUCAAGCCAAGGUUAGAGCUCAACAAGUUCUCAAAUCUCUCUCCAAGCAUCCAAAUGUUCAAUUGAAGAACAUGUCAGCCAUUGCAAGAUUUAUUUUAUCAUCUAACGAAAAGUCUACUCCUAACUUGAAAGAACAAACAAAAAUACCAUCUUCCAACUCUUCUACCACACUUGUUACAAGCUCCUCGUCUUCUUCCCUCAUCGAACAUACUCCACAAAGAAAGAAGAGCAUUUCUAACUAUGAUGAAACGCUCAAUCUUUUCAGUAAGCUGCGUCUGACAAAUAAUGAACAAUCAGAGUAUGGUAAGAAUUCAUCCUCCUCCUCAGCUAGCUCACAAGUUACAAGAAGAAACAGCUCAGCUUCAAGUAAUGGCUUGAAAAAUGCUGAAAGAGAUGGCUGCAUCAUUUCAUAAUACACCAAUUAAAGAACAUUGUAAAUAAUUUAAA